GGCGGGGCUUGCGGUGCGCAGGCGCGGUGGCGGGGCGGCCAUGUCGGUGCAGGAGGACCCGGUGCAGCGGGAGAUCCACCAGGACUGGGCCAACCGCGAGUACAUCGAGGUGAUCACCAGCUCCAUCAAGAAGAUCGCGGACUUCCUCAACUCCUUCGACAUGUCGUGCCGGUCCCGGCUGGCCACGCUGAACGAGAAGCUGACGGCGCUGGAGCGCAGGAUCGAAUACAUCGAGGCCCGGGUCACCAAGGGUGAGACGCUGACAUAGGCCUGGGUGGCCCCUGUUCCUGCCCCACCGGAGCACCGCUGCCCUGCUCAUGGCCCGCCUCUGCCGCCACCUCCGCCUCUGCUUGUGUUGCCAAUAAACCGCUGUGCUCCUGCCCUGCCUGCUCUCUGCCUGCCUCCCUGGGGCUGGGCCAGGGAUGCUUGGCUCCCUGCCACCAUCCUGGAUGUCCAGAGUCAGCCCUUCCAUCUGUCUGACCUGUGGGGUUCGGGCCUGUGUUCCUCACCACAAUGGAGGCUGUGAUGGGAGGGAACAUGCUGCAGGCCUGGCAUGCUGUCAGCUCCGUGAAGUACCUGACCAGUCUUUGGGGUGCUCUCUGCUCCUGCUAGGGUCACAGCAGAAAACCUGGUGAUACUGAUGGUUUGGAGGGUGCCUCAGCCUUCCUAUGUGCAUGCUGUUAGGGCUGUGUGGGGACAGGCUCACCUGGCCUGGAGCAUGUCACAUGCCAUAAAGGAGUGCCUUCUCUCUCUGGAGGCAAGUGGCAAGUAGAAAAAAUCUCUUUUCCCUUCCCACCACUCCUCUGUGUGUUUCAGUUUUUCACUGGGCAUCUAGAACUGCAGACUUGCAGGUCAUAUUUAGGUUGUUGGGGAGUCCGUGGAGUUGGUGUCAGUAAAGGCUUUACUUCCUAGCAGGAUUUAAAUAUUUUGAUAUGUUCCCCAGUUGACAUCAGGUGGUUGCUUCUCAGCAUAUGUCCUCCUCUGGUUCACAGUUUGUUCUCUGUAGGAUGCUCUGUGUUUUCCAUUGAGUAACUGCUCCUCCAACAUUUCCUUCGUAUCAUGUAGCCAAUUACACUUUACUCUCAAAUUGGGCUGCACAUCCAGGAGGCUUGGCUGCUUCUGGUGUGUAGUCCCACCAGAAAUAAGUGCUUUGUAGCAACCCUGCAGGACUUGGAGGAGUGGAGUGGAGCAGUCAUGGAUCAUUGCUGUUUUGCUCUGGGAUGAUGCCAGAUGAUGAGACCGAGUGCUGUCAGAGGAUUGGCAGGUAUAGGGAAAUCACCUGUCUCUUUCCUCAAGCAGCUGCUCUCUGGCCCAGGUGCAUCAAUAGUAUGCCUGUGGUCUGUGCACUGUUCAUUCUGGAUGUGCUGGAGUGGAGCUGUGAGAUCUCUGUCCUCUUGGAGAACUCAGUACUUGUCUGGACAAGGCCCUGAGCAGAUUGAUCUCUGACCGAAGGUGUGUGUGUGUUUUGAGGGGGUAGUGACUACCAGAGGUCCCAGUCUAGCUUAUCCUAAGAUUCUUAACCCAAAGACUGAAUGGGAGACAGAGGGUACCACAGACAUCUCUGGGAUGGGGUCUGUACCAGGCUGACCUCUUCACCUGAGAUCUGUUUCUUGUUCCUGAUCCCCAGCUAGUAGUAUGGUUUGUGUCUCUGAUCACUUGCUGGUUCUCUGACAGGCUGUUGUAAGGCUGUCAAGCUGUUGCUCCUUUCUCCCUCUGAUCCCAGUGUUUCUUGGACAAAUAGGUCUUGCCAUACAGUUGGUGUGUCCAAAGCAGUUUUGGUAUAGGGCUCUGUCUUCCAGGGGGUACUGCUCCUCCCUGGACAUGUGCUGUCAGAGCUGGAGCACUGGGAUCAGCCUCUCUGGUUCAUCUCCCAGCAGGGAUGCUAUGCAGCUCACUGCAGUUCGGGGUCCUGCCCUUUUCCCUUUCAGAGUCUCAGUAGUUCCCUUGGGCUUUGCAAGACCAGGCUUCUGCUCUGGGUGCUGCUCAUUCCAGCCCAUCUCGGGGAGAGGGGAGGAAGUCUCCUGGUGCUUAGAGUGAUACUGCUGCUUACAGUAGCUGCUCUGGUGUGCAGCCUUGUUAGUAGUUGGAGCUUUGAUCUCUUUGAUUGUUUUAAAGACUGGGGAAUUCUGUUUGCCUUUUUUUUUUCUUGUACUGUGUUUUUCAGAAUAUGAUGUCGCAGGAACUCACAUUAAACUUUUCUGAAGUA